CAUUAUUGCCGCCACCAGGGCCCGAGUGGGGUUUUGUGUGGCGGGCCCGCGAUCAGUAACGAUCGCGACGCGGUUUAAACCUGCGGGAGAAUUCGUGAGACGGUGGGCGGUACAGUACAAUGAGAAAAUGCCGCCUGCCGGGGCUGGCGUGAGACAAUGAGUGUGAAUGUCCCAGUGGCCUCUUCUCCCACACGCCCCGCUCAAUGGAGGCGCCGUGCCGGAUGCGUGGUGGUUGGUUGGUGAGGUGGAGUGGGGAUAUCAGACGCGUGGCUUGCGGCUCCCGUGUGCCGGCCGUCACGCUUGUCGUCCUGUCCCGCACUUGUCUCGCCGUCGAGGACGAGGAGGGUUGAACGCCUCCCUGACGCCGCCGGUGGCGCCUGGGAUCGAGCCUGGCGAGUCCCAGUGGCUGUGUGAGGCCGCGUGGCCGCGAGGGGUAGCGGUCCCCACGCAGUAAAGGCGCUGCACGUAGAGUCUAGACACGCGGCACCCCGCUCUGCCGUCUUCCGACCGUGACGUUACGGGUUUUUUUUGGGGGUCCGGAGAGCUUCUUCGUUGGCUUUUUCCAAGCAAUGAUCUGUCCCCGACGGGCAUUUGAUCGCGCAAGAAAACUCCGGACUGGAUUCGGGCCUCCACCUCGGUCUCAUCGGCACACAAUUUGGGCUUAAAUAAUCGAGAGUCCCAUUAUUGUUUGCUCGCACCUUUUUGCACCGUCGUGUCUGUGUUAUCUCUCUCGAUAAUGCCAUUUAGUCGGAAUGUUACUUCCAUUGUAAUUGCCAUUUAUUUCCUUUAAUCGGCACGAUUUAAUCGUUGUACGCAGAGUAGCGUGGGCAGAAGUUGAUUAACCCAACCGUACGUGCAAUCGGCCCCACGUAUAUAACGCGGCUCGAUACUGUACUGUGAUACUGCAGGAGGAGGAGGGGGGGUGAAUGUACGGUGGAGCGGUAUAUAUACGUGGAGUGGUUAUAUGUACGCCGCUUCUGUCUCGUAGCGUGGGUUGAGGUGCGGUUAAAAAGCCUUCCUUUGUUGUCCGAGUGCAUGGUGUAUUUACAGUGUCACACCGCUGAGCUAGCCCUGGCAAAACGAUGCCCCCGCUGCCAGUUGACAGAGGGGAGUCUACCAUGGCGGAGGCGGUGGAGGAUGGGUUUCGCCUGAAGAACGUCCAAAUGAUGCCCGAGCUGCUGGGAGAGCUGUGCGAGCUCCGUCAGACGGGCUCCUUCUGCGACGUCGUCGUGGAAGUGCAGAGCCGGCGCUACCUGGCCCACAAGGCCGUGCUGAGCAGCACCUGCAGAUACUUCCGGACCGUUCUCUUCAAUGCGCCCUGUAGCAGCCUGGGUCCAUUCGUGUUGGACUUUGUGGGGGUGGUGGCCUUUGAGAAGGUCCUGGACUUCCUGUACCGCGGGGACGUGUUGGUCGGCCGGGGCGACGUGCGCGAACUCUAUAGUGCGGCGCAGAACCUAGGCCUCGAGUCGCUCGAGCUGAUCAUCCAGCCCAUCCUGGAAACGCUCGACGAUGUGGAUGAGAUCGCAAAUGGUACCAGCGCCUCCUUCGAUGAUGAUGUGCAACGGGAGCAAUACACUGCAGACGUCAGGGAGCUGGUUCAGCUGAAAAAGAGAACCGAGAGUGCAAACCUCAAAGACAGGAAAGCGCGGGCGAGCUGUGAGAUAAAAACUGAGCGUGUUAACAAUACGCAAUGUCUCCAGGAGCGAUAUGCAGGUCACGAGUCGGCCAUGGAGGGCUGCGGAAAUGAGAAGGACAUCUUUCCCACCCUGGGUCCGAGAUAUUCGAGUGGUUCCGAUGACAGCCAGGGUAGGUGUAGGAGAAACUCUGAGCAGCAGUCCAUUAUCGGAUUUCACAAUGGGAGCUCCGGAGAUCAGGUCAGAAUUGACGGAAUCCCGCGCGGGUCCACGGAGGACGAAAAUGGACAGCUGCCCCUCCCCAUGAUAGAGGUUAAACAAGAGAUGGAUGACGAGAGUAAUAUGUGUUCCUACGACACUGCCGACAUUGUUGGUAGCCAAGGGAUGCACGUGAAAGAAGACAAGAUUGAGAUUUUGCAGAAUGAGCAAGAUUAUAACGUUAUCGGAGUGGAAGGAAAGUACAUGCCAACGGCGUUAAUGACGGCCUCGGGCUUGCAAAACGAAACGCCUGAGGAAGGAUCAGUUGUUGACUCUCCAAAGGCGUACGGGUACGUGCAGUGCCAGAUCUGCGGGGAGACCCUGGAGGAGAACAUGUCCUCCCUGCGUGAGCAUGCAACGAUGCAUGUCGAUCGCGAGACUCUCGAGUGCAGGGUGUGCAGGCGCAAGUUCAGCCUCUUCAACAGGGCCGUGGAGCAUAUCCUGUCCCACGCCGGCAUCACGGUCCUCUCCUGCAAUGACUGCGGUAAGAAGCUGCUUUCUCCCGCGCGGCUCAGCCUGCACUACAAGAACUGCAAGAUGCGUAAAUCGUACGCCGGUCGGCAGAACGCCUGGCAGCGCCGGCAGCCUCCGCAGCCCCCGCAGCAGACGUCCGACGGGAUGGCGGACACCUCGGACGAUGGUUACGGCUCCAUGCCGUGCCAGGUGUGCGGCAUGGCCGUGCCCAAGAAGAUGGCGGUGGUGCGGAGGCACGCGCGGCUGCACGUGGACAUGGAGAAGCUGGUGUGCAAGGUGUGCGGCCUGCAGACGACGUCGAGCGGAAACCUCGUGAAGCACACGCUGCUGCACAUCGGCGUGUUCAUCCAUGAGUGCAGCGUGUGUGGCAAGGGCUUCCCUUUCCAGAGCCUGCUACAGCAGCACCAGCGGCGCAUGUGCAUGGUGCAGGAGGCGGUGUCUACGCCGGACGCGCCGGGGCCGGAAUCCGGAUCGUUUGCUGGAAACCCCCAGGUGUCGGAGGCCGUGCACUUUUACCUGCAGUCAGGAUCAUUCCAGUCGACUGCGCCGGUGGAAGGCGAAAAUAGUUUCCAGACGUAAACGCGUGUUUACGUGGCACAAACCAACGGAGGGUUUCGUGUGUCUUAGUGUUUCUUAUGCGUGUAAUUUUUUUUAUUUUUUUGAAAUGUUCAUUAAAUAAAAUAAGCUGUUAAUUAUUUUGAUGAUGCUUAUAGGUAUCGUUUUCAUAUUUUGACAUUUUUGAACUCUUAAUCUCGCAUAAGUGCUUUUGUGCAGCGUAUGUAUUGCGUGCGUUACAAACGCUGUUGCAUAUUACAUUUGCAGACACCUCGUCAAUGGACCAAUUCACAUACAGCCCAUGUCUAUGAUAACUGCAUAAGUAAGUUAUAUUUUCCCUUUGUCCCUUUUUUUCCCAAUCCUUUUUAUUUAUUAUUUUUAACAUUCUGCAUUCCAAUAAUUCCACGUUCAUCAAUUAAAUUAUGUUGUGCGUAUAAACCUUUACAUAAAAUCCAUCGCGUUGAAAAGUAAGGAUUGUACAGCUGAAACAUUCUGACAAUUGUGCCAAACUAUAGACACGUGUCAACAUUUGAGAGCUUGUGCAUGUUUGUAAUAUGCUGUAUUUGUGCUUUGCUGGUGUUGCAGGAUUAUUUUUUUAAAAAACACAGCAUUGUCUACCUUUAUAAUAACAUUGGACUUUCACGUAGGGACUUUUUUACACGUUGCAUUCGUAUAUUUCUUUAUUCCUUUUUUGGUGUAUUCACGAAAUGCAAUGAUCAGGUCUCAAGGGUAUACUGGCCUCUUAACCUGAAAAAAAAAACUCUUGGUCCCCAUAUCGGUAGGUCUGGAUUGCAACUGUCCACAAUGGUCCAUAUGUCAUUGGGCAGAUGUCGUCACUGACUGUUGGUUAUUUCAACUUGGGUGUAAUGGGCUCCCUGGGCUUUUGGUCGCAAACUAAUGCUCAUCGGCGAGGAGCCUUGAAGCUGUUACGACGAACCUCCCGAAUACAUGUCCCUUUUGCCAUGGUUUCUGCAUGGUAAAAAUUAUUAUUCAGACGUGCUAAAUUAUUAUUUUUUGGUUAUUGCCUCUCGUUUAAAAAUAAUUGGUGUCUUGCAAGAUGAUUACAGGGGUACAGAUACAGUGGACUAAACUAUUAGGCAAAAUCCCUGCUCAGCAGAGCUUCCUGCGCCUGUAACCUCUGGGAGUCUUUAGUUCUAAUUCUGCAGAAAUAAAUUUUUGGAAGUCACUCCAUUAUCAACUGGUGGCUUUCAGAUCAUGUGUGCUGUGAAUAAUGUCCUCCAUGAAAAUGUCCUCCGUAUGCUUUGUUUUUUUCCGAAGUGUGAUGUUAUUUUUGGCUAUAUAUCCUUCGUGGUUUUCCCAUUUGCAAGUACCUCGUGGUUAGUGUUGGUGAAUCAUGUCACCAGUUAAUAAAUACAGUUUUCUUAAAGGCCUAUGGCCAAAUCUCUCGGAAAUUCCACAAAUCUGGGAAGCUAAUCAUCCCUGAUUCUUUGAUGGGUGGCCACAUGCACAAUGGGUUAUUGACUGGGGCGACAUAGCAAGCAGCAGAGGGUUGUGCAACAACAGCCAAUGCUGUGCUGUACUGCUAUGCUCCCGAGUCUAUAAUCCCUUGCCUUCAUUAACCCACACCGACCAGUACAGUGGGAUUCUGGUAAAAUAUCCUCCAUGACAUUGACGGAUAUAGGGAGGCCCUCCUUCAGCAGUAUAUUGGGAAAAAAGGGCUGUACAUGUAUGUUAUCAGAUGUAACGGAACUAGCAACACAAGUAAAACUUUUUGUCGUUUCUACAUAAAAGGCGUGUUGACAAAUGCGCUGACGUUCGAUGAACACUUUUCACAGAACCCCGUCAGUUUUCACUAAAACGAAAGACGUGUUGCUUUGUUUAUUUCCUUUGUGCUCUAUACCCUUGAAGGGCCACUUACCGAACACUGUUGGAUGGUUUUGUCGUCCUGUCUUGCUGUCGUUGAUGAAAAGUGGUUCACUGGUUUUUCUCCAUUACUCAAUGGGCACUGUUUGGUGUGAAUUGACAUGGACUGCAUGUUUGCUACGGGCAGCCUCUGUACCCUGACCCCUUUUGCAACUUGAAAAAGUUUUGCAACUGCUGAAAACAACCAAAAAAGGUGUUUGUAAUUUCAAUAACUUACGCAGCUGAGCAACUCCUUAAAGCUGUUAUCUUGUAUAUUCCAACCAGGGAACAUUUACUUCAUCUUCAUUAACUUACUAUAUAACAUGGACAUUUUUUGAGUAUUCGUCCAAUGUAAAAAAAUGGUGCACAAUUUCUGUUAUGUUUUAUAUUCAAAACAUGGUUAUAUAAUUCUAUGGCAAAAUAAUUCUGCAACAAGCUUUUAACAAAUCUGGGCUUAGGUGAUGGCGAUUGGGUUAAAGUUUGCAUUGUCAUGUUUCGAAUUGAAGUCUUGUUAAUUAUUUUGUAACAAACGUGUAAAAAAUGUAUAUGUAGGCGAUUUUUGUAACACUCCUAUAAUUAUGUUGAAUCUCACAUCCUUUGGUAAUGGUCCCGGUUUCAACAAUUGACAUUCUGCCAAUUGUGCUCUAUACUUGCCAGUUAUCUUUACCUUUUUGUUCUACGAAAAUUUCGUAUGGUAUUCCAUUCGCUAAACCAUCCACUUUUACAGCUUUUUUUUUCAUUAAAACUGUUUCUUUUCUUUGACUGCAACAUGAACUAACAGUGUAACAUUUGAGAGCAUUGGAUUUUUACUCAAAUGCGUAGGGUGAAAUGUACCUUUGGUGUGCAGUGGUUAAACAGGAAGUGAAGGUAGCUCGUAUUUUAAGAAAUGCAUUUAUGAAUGCAUAAGUCAUUACAAGUGCAUAAAACUGAGGCUCUUUUGGGAUGGAUGGAUGGAUGAAGUCUUCACAAAUGGACUGGCACUUUCCAUGGCUUAUUUAUUCCCUUGUGACUGAUUGGGUAGCAUAUGUCUUAUACACCUAUAUCCUACCCCCAGUUUUCCAAUGCAAGUAAUGGCUGUGUUGCAUGCAUAUAUACAUGCACAUAUAUGUAGCGAUACAAAUGUGCUAACACGGUUCUUGAAAUUGAGACUCAAAACUAUUGCAGCGGAACAGAUGUCCUUUAAUCCACGCAAUUGGCCCAUCUCGGCAGACAGCGCUCAGUGUCUUCAUUGCAGAAGCUAAGGGGUUGCCCUCUGCUCUAGCGGCAAGUGGAUGUUCUACCACUGGGACGUGUUGCAACGAAACGGCCCCAGCAGAGGGCUCUGUGUGACAGCCCAAGCAUACUGAUGAUAUCUGUCAUGCCGACGAAAACUUGCAGUGUGCUCGUUUGCUUAAAACGUUGACAUGAGAGAAUGUUUCAUAUAUGGUGUAUAUUAGCCUUGUUAAAUAAAUAAUUGCAGAGUUCAGUGCCCACCUUCCUUGUAAGCUCACCCAAGCUAUUAUUGAAAGGAUAUAAAUAAAUAGAAACGCUUGGGUGAACGACUUUUAAACCACUAAACACUUUUGUCAGAGAUAAAAUAUUGCGUCUUUUUUAGGCACGUUCUGUUCGAAGGAUGAUAAAUGUGCAAGUUUGCAUUAUCGCCUUUUAAUCUGUUAACAAUUAUGACAUGUCAUUGCAUACUCUAAGGAUAAAGGCAAGGUGGGGGCUUGUGACCAGUAGGAGGCUGAUAUAUCUGAAAAUGUUAUGUUGAUAAUGGAAAUAUUUUCAGUGUGUAACUUCAUUUUUAGUUGUGAAUAGUAAAAACUUUGUUUUGGUUAUUUUUAACGCACCAGACCAUACUUUUAAAAAUAACAACCUCAAGUAGAUAAAUGAACAUAUGAAAAAACUUCAAUAAAUAUAUUAAAACAGUC